UCAAAAACUAGAAUCUCCUCCACGUAGAAGAACUUCCGGUAUACUCGUGACGUCAAAAUUUUUUCAUCAACAAAUCGAGGAUUCUCGUCAAUAUUUAGCUGCAGAAGAUGUCAUAUGCAUAUUUGUUCAAAUACAUUAUAAUAGGAGAUACAGGAGUGGGAAAGUCAUGCCUUCUGCUCCAGUUCACAGACAAAAGGUUUCAACCUGUACAUGAUUUAACAAUAGGUGUUGAAUUUGGAGCUCGAAUGAUUACCAUAGAUGGUAAACAAAUCAAAUUACAGAUCUGGGACACAGCAGGACAAGAAUCUUUUCGGUCAAUCACCAGAUCUUAUUACAGAGGGGCUGCUGGUGCAUUGUUGGUGUAUGACAUCACAAGGCGUGACACAUUCAACCAUUUAACAACUUGGCUAGAAGAUGCUCGUCAACAUUCCAACUCAAAUAUGGUCAUCAUGUUGAUAGGCAACAAAAGUGACCUAGAGGCAAGAAGAGACGUGAAAAAAGAGGAGGGGGAGGCUUUUGCCAGGGAACAUGGCUUGAUCUUCAUGGAGACCUCAGCCAAAACAGCAGCAAAUGUAGAAGAGGCAUUUAUUAACACAGCCAAAGAAAUUUAUCAAAAGAUUCAAGAUGGAGUGUUUGAUAUAAAUAAUGAGGCCAAUGGCAUAAAAAUUGGACCCCAGCAUUCCCCAAGCCCCAGCUUGCCCUCCUCCUCAGGUGGUGGAGCCCAGGGAAGUGGCUGCUGCUAGGGCAAGGAAACUCAUUCCUAGGGGAUUGGAAAAACACCUUCAGAGAGAAAGGAAAUAAAAACAAACUCAUAUUCUGUUGCAAUUGGCGUAGAUAUAUCAGUUUUUUGUAAACCAGUCUUGUACAUUCUUGUACUUUCUGUUCCAAGGAAAAACAUGGAUGUUCGAAGGAGUGUGAACUCAUUCUGAUAUUAUCAUUUGUUAAAAGCUAUUUGUUGUGAAAUCCGAUUUGUGUAUAUCACCUAUUAUCUUUUGAAAUAAAAUGUGCUGGAAACUGCUGUCAAAAAUAAAUGAGAGAAUUACUAUCAAACACAUGUAUUGUAAGAAAUAUACACACCAUUAUAAUCCUUCUUAUUGGGUUUUAGAUAAAGUAUGAUAUUUAUUGACUAUUUUUUCUCUCUUUAAUAUUUUUUCACCAAAAAAUUUAAAACAUGCAUUCAAUUGGUUUCAUUUCAUGAACUUGUGUUCAUUUUCUUCAUAAAACAAAAGAAUCUGAUUGGUUUUUUGAAACUGUUCACCAUCCUACAAGUGUAGCUGUUGGCUACAGGAAAAGGGGGAAAGUUUUUGAUUGUGACUGAAAGAUUGUCUUGAUGAAAAUGAAUGUACUGAAUGGAUGUGUGCUGAGGAUUUUUUUUUUAUUUAUGGUUGUAAAAUGUGGUUUAUGUAUAUAGAAUUUAUUUUAUAGUCUCUAAUGAUGUAUGAUUUUUUUUCUUUACUUAAGAAAUGUCUGUAGAAAAUGAAGCUGUGAACCUCCUAUAUGUGUAAAACAAUUUGACAAGCAAAUUGCUUUUAAUUCAAAUCAUGCUAACAUUUGUGCACUUUACUGACAUUGAGAAUAUGUACAUUUAUUUUCAUUUGCUUUCAACUACAGUAGUAAUCAGUAUCUCAUGCUCUAAAAUACAUGUGUACCAGACACCACUAGAUAUUGAACUGGUAUUCUGUUGCCUUUUAAAAUAUGAGUCAGGAAAAAAAAAUCUCUUUUGAUAUUAAAUUCUUAUUAAAUAUUCACGAGGUCAGAUAUGAAAAAGUUCAGAUAAAAAUUGCGAGAAAAACUUGACCUUUUCAUAAAACCAGCAUUUAAUAGAUAUGAAUGCAUUCAUCAAUUGAAAAGUACAUGAAAAAGUUUGACCUUUUAGAAAUCUAAUAUUAAUAGUGUCUAUUUAUGGUAUAUAGAACAGUACCAGUGCUAAGUGAUGUCUAGUAAGUUGUAGCUUUAUAAUUAUGUCCUCUCUGUUGUAUGUCAAUACAAAUCUACUACAUGCAAAAGUUAAUUAAAGACAUGUAAAGAAUG